AUGCUUCACGAAGCGACGACAUCAAGCGCGAUCGAGAAUUCCCUUGAAUCCAACGAAACGAAUACGUCAAAUGAAAACAAUGUCGUUUCACAUUUAAUUACGAAAACAACAUUUGACAAAUCUCGUGUUCUAUUAGCUACCGCGCGGAUUCAGGUGUGUUCUUCGUCUGGUCGCACCGACGUCAUACGCGCAUUGUUAGAUCAAGGAUCUGUCACUAGUUUAAUUAGUGAAAAUCUCGCUCAACGGCUACGGUUAUCGCGAAUACACGUUGCUGUCUCGGUUACCGGAAUCGGUGAAACGCAAUCCGUCGCACGACAUGCUGCUCUUAUUUCGGUAUCAUAUAAGACCGGCCAGGGUCCGUCAUACUCAACGACCGCAAUUAUUAUGCGCUCUCUGACUAAAUACACGCCGCCUAAAAUAGCAUAUCAAAUCUCUCUCGCUCAUUUAAGCGGCCUGCCAUGGGCUGAUCCGCAGCCCUCAAGUGCCGAUCCGAUCGAAAUGAUCAUCGGCGCUGAUCUAUACGGUGCUGUUCUGUUACCGGGCCUGUGCUCAGGUUCCUCUAAUCAGCCAACAGCACAGAAUUCCAUUUUCGGCUGGAUCAUGUCUGGUCCGAUUUCGACGAGUUCGUCUUCAAACAUGUCUAACGUGACAGUUAAUCAUACCACGUUGCACGACAAUCUCGAUGACGAAAUUCGUCAGUUCUGGGAAGUCGAAGAACUUCCGCAAGUAUCAUACCUCACUCCUGAGGAACAACGUUGUGAGGAACAUUUCCGAGCAACUCAUUCUCGUGACUCGAAUGGACGGUACGUCGUACGGCUACCGUUCAAAGCCAAUCCUCCGAUUGCAAUAGGCGAAUCUCGUCACAUCGCCUCAUCACUUCUUUCACGGCUUGAAGGCCGUCUUCAAAAUAAAAGGGAUAUCGCAUCCGAAUAUCGAGAGUUCCUACUGGAAUACGAAAAUCUCGGUCAUAUGAAGAAAGUAGACGAACCCGUCUCUGCUUCACAAUCAGUUUACAUCCCGCAUCAUGCGGUGAUUCGCGAGCAUAGCAGCACCACGCGGUUGCGCGUCGUGUUCAAUGCAUCUCAGUCGACAUCGAACGGCUCUUCACUUAACGAUCAUCUCAUGAUCGGUCCUAAGUUACAAACCGACCUUCGUUCGGUAAUUCUUCGAUGGCGACAACAUCGUUAUGUUUUCACUGCCGAUAUCGCAAAAAUGUAUAGGCAGAUUCAAGUCGAUCCGCGCGAUCAAGACUAUCAGCGCAUCUUAUGGCGCUCUUCAUCAUCCGAAGCGGUGCAAGACUACCGCUUGCUUACUGUUACUUACGGUAUGGCGUGUGCUCCAUACCUCGCUCUUCGCACGAUUCAGCAAUUGACGCAAGACGAAGGCGCUCAAUUUCCUCUUGCUCAAUCAGUUUUACGCAAUCAAAUCUAUGUAGAUGAUUGCAUCUUCGGCGCGGAUGACAAGCCGCUUGCAAGGCAAAUCCGCAAUCAAUUAAUUUCAUUGUUACAAAAAGGUGGAUUCCUCCUCCGUAAGUGGGCAAGCAACUGCCCUACGUUACUCAACGACCUACCGGUCAAUGAAAAGAGUCUCAGUCAAGGCAAAAUUCUGCAAAGCGACGAAAGUUUCAAAGUCUUAGGCGUCACGUGGCUCCCUGCUACCGAUACAUUUCAAUUCUCAGUCGAAGUUACCACGUCGAUCCCAGAUUCUAAACGGAAAAUUCUGUCUACUAUAGCAAAAUUAUUUGACCCGCUCGGGUGGCUUGCUCCGGUCAUAAUUACUGCUAAAAUUAUCAUGCAACAAUUAUGGGCUACUAAGUGUUCGUGGGAUGAUCCAAUUCCACCCCCUCUCAUGCAAAAAUGGAACAAUUAUCACACGCAGCUAAUUAAACUGCGUAAUAUCUCUUUGCCACGAUGGACUGCCUUCGGUUCCGACACAAGUCACUGUGAGCUUCACGGCUUCGCUGACGCAUCGUCCGUCGCAUACGCCGCUGUCAUAUAUCUUAAAGUGAUCUCGCUCAUGGGAUCAGUUACUAUUUCGCUAUUAAUAGCAAAAUCCAAAGUCGCGCCUCUUAAGCCCUUGACAAUUCCAAGACUCGAACUAUGCGCUGCUGCGCUUUUAGCACGAACAAUGUCGUUUGCCCGAACGACAUUAGAAUUUUCGACAAUUCCAUGUCAUUGCUGGACGGAUUCAACCGUCACUCUCUCUUAG